AGGGGGGGGCCUCACAAUUCUAAGAAAGAGAGGGGCGAGAGGGGGCGAGGGGCGAGGAGGCUGGGGACACAGCGCUCAGCCAACGGUGAGGAUCCUUUUUGAAAAUUAAUAUUAAAAAAAAGAGAGAGAGAACGCAGAGGAAAAGGUGGGGGCAAGAGGGAAGGCGAUUCAUACAGAGAGGUAGACAGAGCCCCACAGUGAGAGGAAAAGGAAGGCAGCAAGGAAGGCAACAGUCGCCGGCAGCCGAUGUGAAGACCGGACUCCGUGCGCCCUUCGCCGCCUCUGUCCGGCCUCAUCGAUGUUGUGUCCGCCGCCCGCUCGCCCGGAUCACGAUGAAUGCGCAGCUGACCAUGGAGGCGAUCGGCGAGCUGCACGGGGUGAGCCAUGAACCAGUGCCCGCCCCUGCCGACCUGACCCCUCUGCAGCCGCUGCCGCCCAUCUCCACCGUCUCGGACAAGUUUCCCCACCAUCACCACCACCACCACCACCAUCACCACCACCACCCGCACCACCACCAGCGCCUGGCGGGCAACGUGAGCGGUAGCUUCACGCUCAUGCGGGACGAGCGAGGGCUGGCCUCCAUGAAUAACCUCUAUACCCCCUACCACAAGGACGUGGCCGGCAUGGGCCAGAGCCUCUCGCCCCUCUCUGGUUCCGGUCUGGGCAGCAUCCACAACUCCCAGCAAGGGCUCCCCCACUAUGCUCACCCUGGCGCCGCCAUGCCCACCGACAAGAUGCUCACCCCCAACGGCUUCGAAGCCCACCACCCGGCCAUGCUCGGCCGGCACGGGGAGCAGCACCUCACGCCCACCUCGGCCGGCAUGGUUCCCAUCAACGGCCUCCCUCCGCACCACCCCCACGCCCACCUGAACGCCCAGGGCCACGGGCAGCUCCUGGGCACAGCCCGGGAGCCCAACCCUUCCGUGACCGGCGCGCAGGUGAGCAAUGGGAGUAAUUCAGGACAAAUGGAAGAGAUCAAUACCAAAGAGGUGGCACAGCGCAUCACCACCGAGCUCAAGCGCUACAGCAUCCCACAGGCCAUCUUCGCUCAGAGGGUGCUCUGCCGCUCCCAGGGGACCCUCUCGGACCUGCUGCGCAACCCCAAACCCUGGAGCAAACUCAAGUCUGGCCGGGAGACGUUCCGGAGGAUGUGGAAGUGGCUGCAGGAGCCGGAGUUCCAACGCAUGUCUGCGCUCCGCUUAGCAGCGUGCAAAAGAAAAGAGCAAGAGCACGGGAAGGAUAGAGGCAACACCCCCAAAAAGCCCCGGCUGGUCUUCACAGACGUCCAGCGUCGAACUCUACACGCAAUAUUCAAGGAAAACAAGCGUCCAUCCAAAGAAUUGCAGAUCACCAUUUCCCAGCAGCUGGGGUUGGAGCUGAGCACCGUCAGCAACUUCUUCAUGAACGCGCGGAGGAGGAGCCUGGACAAAUGGCAGGACGAGGGCAGCUCCAAUUCAGGCAACUCAUCUUCAUCAAGCACUUGUACCAAAGCAUGAAGGAAUAACCACAAACUAAAACCUCGGUGGAAAAGCUUUAAAUAAAAGAAAUUUUUAAAAGACAAGGACCUCAACAUAGCAGGUUUAUACUUAGAAAUAUUUGAAGAAGGAAAAAAAGAAGUGUUAUUUAUAGUCCAAAGAAACCAAAGACUUAGCUCACCUGCAUUCUGACUUUGUUCGGAGACACACACUUCAGCGGGGCGACGACUUGGCAAGAAAAGUUAUGAGCAGGAAAACACCACUGGGUCUCACACCUUCGAUCCACGAUCCUUCUCACUGUGCUUGGCUGUUUCGUGGUUUGGAGCAGUGAUUUUGAGCCAUUGAGUGGACAUCUUUUAAGAUCAGACUUUCUCACCUGUCCCACCGCGCCACAAAGGUGUAUGAUGUCUCAGUACUGCGUGUGGGUGCGUGCACUACACACACACACACCACCACCACCACCACCACCACCACUACCAGUGGUCAGGGACAUAGGCAGGGCGGGCCUUCAGGAAGGGUUGUGCUGUAGGAGAGCAACCAUCAGUGUGGGGUUGUCUGAGUUCAUUGGGUUAGGAUGUGAUGUUGCUCGUCUAGCCUAUUGUCUGAACCUGCCAGGCCCACAACCUAAAUGCAGAUUCAAACCCAGCAAGGAAAAUUUGAAUGGCACCUAAACUCAUGCAUUCUCUUUGUUUGUUAAGGACUGUUCAGAUAUUUUUUAAGAAAUGAAAUAAAAGUCCAUCCACUUAAAAAAAAAAUCACCUAGGUACCAAAGAACACGCUUAAUAUUAUAGUGCAGGUAUUUUAUUGCAAUGAUUUUAAUAACCAAAGCUAUUUUUACACAAGAUACUAUGUAAAGUUAUACAUAUGAACUGAUCUAGCUGUAAUACACAUGCCACGUAGAACCAUGACUAUUAUUUAUGACUCUUAAAGCAUUUGAAAUACUUGUUUUCAGAACUGGCAAGAAAGAAUGUCGCUCCAGGGAAGCAAUUGCUACCAUAAUAGAGAGUUUGAUGCAGGAUGCACGUACGCCCAGGUGGCACACUCCCUUUCGGGACCCAUAAAUGUCACUUAGGUAGACAUAUGACAUGAUUCCAGAAUCUGUUUAUAGCUGGGAAAACCUGGGGAUUCUGCCAAAGUAGGAUCCCAUUUAUAAACUAGAAAACUAAGUUCACACAGGGCAGGUAACUAAAUUAGAAAAUUUGUUUAAAGUAAUGCUUUUCGGUAAAAAGACCAUGGAAUUAAAGGACUCCAUACUUAGAUUAAUUUGACAAAUUUGCUUCAUGCCUUUGACACCAAAUACCUUUUAAAAAUAUUUUAUAAAAACUCAAAGAGCGCUAACCAAUUUUAUUAUUAAAAUGAACUAUCUAAUAUUUGAAUAAUUCUAACAAUACAAUCAAACUUAUUUUAUUGCUAAUCUCAAACAUUUUUUGGCUUGGAAAUGAAUAAAAAUAGCAGGUCCAACCAAGAAACGGUGGGAUGGAGAAAAAGCAGAGUCUGCAGCUAUUUACUUCCUCCAGCAUAGCCUCCGGAGUGCACCACAUUCUUUCCUGCUACUGCAUUAAGCUGGAAAUUUUAUAACAUAGAUUCCACUCUCUAACAGGGACAUAGAAAAACUAGACCUGAACGUCCAAAUAUAAACAUUUAAAUUCCUAUUUUCCCAAAUCACUUAACCAGGCCUAUAGAAAUCAAGGCAAAAAGGAAAAAACAAACAACCACAAAAAAAGCAAAAGAUAAUACAGUUGUACUAGUAAUACCCAAGUGAAUCAUUUGAUUUCCCCCACUCCCCAAAUUCUCUCUGAAUUCCAUUGAAUUAUCACUCAUAUAAGUGGAUGUCUUUUGUACUAUUGGGUAAAGAACUACAUAGUCUUGGUCAAUUAGCACAUCUAACUAGGAAUAUAAAAUUAAAUGUUAUCUCAACAAUAAGGUGUUUAUUGAGAGUCAUUAAAAUGCUUUAAAAAAUUAAACCAUCUUGUCUAGGGCUAGAAGAGGCAGGCACCUGGAGAGAGGAGGCCAUACCAGCCAGCCACCUGUCUCCUUCGUGUCUGCUGGAGGAGAAAAGGAAGCCGGCACAUACUCCCCCUUUCACGAAAGGACGUAUUUGCCUUGACACAUGUUGUCCAUUUUCUUUCUCUCGCCCCAAAUUCCAGCUUAAAAAUUUCCCUUCUAAACAUGGCACAAUUACAAUACAGCUAUUAAACGAUACCAUUCAAAUGGCCACCCUCCAAGAUUUGCUAAAAAUUUAAUCUUGUCAAUGACAUAAACUAAAAGGAAAAAACUGAUUAACGUUUUCUCUUUCCAGGAAUAGAGGGGACAAUGGUUACAGCUACAUAAUAUACUUAUAAUUUAGGAGGGAGGAAAACCUUAUUUAUUUAAAACCUGAGAAGUUUAAAAUCAGGGAAAUUCAAGCUGUGUCUACACCCAAUCUUACCAAAGUCAAUGCCCCAGGAAAAACAAAAGUAGAAUUCAGGUGACCACUUUUUUUUGCUUUGAUUUUGCUACAUGACCCUGCCCAGUUAAUCUAACUGCAUUUUAAGUGUUCAACCAAUUCUUUUGGUACUGUGUAGACACAAUCUCAAAGAAUAUUACUGCAUUUUUAAUAUUCUCACCGUGCUUUUUUUUGAAAAAUAACCAGUGAUUCUAUUUGCUAACACCAAAGAUAAUUUUCAUACCAGCAUUGAAUGUGCACCCAUUAUGCAAUUUCAGGGCCUAGAGUUAUAUUUUCUCACAAACAGAUACACAAAUCCAAGCCUGAAAAGCAAUGUUUUACUUGACUGUUUAAGCAUCCUCACAACCUCUGCUUCUGAGGAAUCACAACGGACAAACUCAGCUUCUCACAAGCAAUACACGUAUCCCAUCACAUGACUGCUUCUGUUCUGCUCCUGACUUGCCCCAGAGAGAGGAAUGCUUCCGUUCCUGCCUCACUAAUUUACGGCUCAGGUUCUAAACCCAACAUAACCAAGGUCACAUGCUUUUGUUCACCCACCAUUUCCUGGCCCCCGAACAAAAUUCACCUAAAAACAUACCUCACUCUUUCAUUUGUAUGUGUAUUUAUUCCAAAACUGCACUUCAAAUAACACAUUUUGGGUUUUGUUUUGUGUGUUUUUUUUCCCACAGAAUGGAAAUUAGACUGGUUUUGGCCAUAAACCAUUUAUGUCCUCUCAUGACCAAAUGCUUCCCUGAAAGGGAGCCAAGAGAAAGAGUGGGAGGUCUGGACACCCCAAAAGCCCAGACUUCGGUAAAUGUUCAGGUAAAAGAAUUCUGGGUGCCAAGAACUGAGUGUUCCGGUCCCUGGAUGCAGCUGGAAUAGGCCCCAAAAACCAAAGAAAAUGUGUGGGGAAGUUCUAACUGAACAUGUCACUCACUCUGCCUCCUUCCCCCCAAAAAGUAUAAUUAAUUUUCCAGGAACAAAAGUAAAAGCACUAUGCUAUGUUUGGACUUAUUCUCCACUCCCUCCAUCCCCGCCCCCACCGCGCCCCUCCUUCCCCCCCAUUGCUACCCCAGGUGAAUGACCCAUCUUUGCAGGUUAAAUCCAAACUUUGCUAUACCAAAGAGUCCUAGGACAUUUUCACAUGAGCUAUAAAGGCAUUUUCCCUCAAAAAGAUCCUCCCUUCUUUGUACAUAAAGGAUGAAAACUAUGCAUUUAGCAAACAAAGAGAAAGCACUUCUCCCUUUCCUAUCUCGCUGUUUAGGGUGCAUUCAAACACCAGAGGCCGUUUUGAGAUGCGACUGGCCUUCUGGAUUAUUCUUGUGGUGUGGUUAGCUUUUACAGUGCAUUUGGUAACUAUUUCCUAAAUAGGAAGGACAAAGAAGCAGAAGGUAAGAAAUAGCUACUUCCACGUGUAAAAAAAAAAGAAAAAAAAAAGAAAGAAAAGAAAAAAAGAAAAAAAAAGUGUAAAGAUCUACUAUUUAUAGUGUGAACCAAAGACGCUACCUCACUCGAUUUCCAUUGGUGAUUUUAAUCACAUUGAUAUGAUACCAAAGAAUACCAAAGAUAUUUUCAUGCACGGCCUCCGUCUGCAGAGGGAACUCCACCCCGACCCUUCUCCCACCUCCUCGCCCCUCCUCACUCUUCACUCAGUGUGUAAACUUGUCUUCAUUCUUAAUAAUAAUGAUACCACAACAAUGACAACAUUAGGAAAUACUACUCUUAUGACUGCUAGUUCUUCUUGUAAAUCUCUAGGCAAACAUGUUGCAAACUUUGUAAACUCCUAGGACGAGUGCCUUGCUUGAACCAAAGUGUUAAACCGCUGUUGACCUCUCUCACCUUAUACUCUUUGAAUACCUCAGCCUCUUAGAAAGGCCACUAAUGGAAAGAAAAGGAAAAAAAAA